UCUCGAUUCUUCUCUCCCAAACCCUCCUCUCUCCGACCGCCGCCGCCUCCGCCUCCCACACCGCCGAGAUAGCCCCGCGCCGCCGACGGCCAUGGCGGAGGAGGAGGGGACGCAGCAGCUGGCCUUCGUCAAGGAGACGGUGCUGAAGAAGCGGAAGGUGAACGAGGACUGGGCCAUCAAGAACCGCGAGCGCAAGGCGGCCAAGCGCCAGCGCCGCCGCAACGACGCCAAGGGCGCCAUCAAGCGGCCCGAGGACUUCGUCCGCGAGUUCCGCAACAAGGAGCUCGACCUCAACCGGAUGCGCACGCGCCUCAAGGUCCGCAAGCUGCGCCCCGCCGAGGCCGUCGCCGCCAACCUCAUCUUCGCCAUCCGCAUCCCCGGCACUGUGGACGUGCACCCGGACAUCAGGAGGAUCCUGGCCAAGCUGCGGCUCACGCAGGUCCUCACCGGCGUCUUCCUCAGGGCCACCGAGGCUAAUCUCAAGAGGCUUGCUGCUGUUGAGCUGUUUGUCACAUACGGGUUCCCGAACUUGAAGAAUGUAAAGGAGCUUAUUUACAAGAAGGGUCGUGGGUUUUUCGACAGGGAGCCUUUCCCCCUUACCAGCAAUGACCUAAUCGAGAAGGCUCUGGGAGAGCACGGCGUCAUAUGUUUGGAAGACGUCGUGCACGAGAUCUCCACGGUCGGGCCGCACUUCAGAGAGACGUCGAGCUUCCUCAUGCCAUUCAAGCUCAAGUGUCCCGAGAGGAGGCUGCAGAUGAAGAAGAAGCCCUUCAAGGCUGGUGGCGACACAGGCAACCGUGGCGACAAGAUCAACGAGCUAAUCGAGAAGCUGAACUGAGGCGGUCUGCACCUGCCAUCUGCAAACAAGACAUGGAUCCGUUACCUUAUCUGUUUUGUAAUAGCAUAGCUGAGUGUACCUUUGUUUUUGAAACCGUGCCCAAGAGUUGGGGAUCAUCAGAUCGUGAAAUAGCAGAAACUGUUCUCA